AUGUCAGGCAUCAUCGACAAAGCCAAAGACACCCUCGGCCAUCACCAGGCGAAGCAUGAUACCGAGCACGGCAGCACUAACGCUGGCCCUCACAAUUCCAAUGCCGCCAACAAGCUUGAUCCACGCGUCGAUUCUGACCUUGACCACCGCGAGAACCCGGGCAGUAGCGUUGGUGGUUACAAACACGGCGCUGUGGGAGGACCAUACUCUGGCUCUACCUUCGGCACUGCUGGCACUGGAGCUGCUCAAUCAACCGCUGGUCCACACAACACAGAUUUCUUGAACAAGGCUGAUCCCAGAGUCGACUCGGACAAGGACAACAGCAUGAAGAUCGGUGGAGACAAGACCAACGCAUAG